GUUACUCCCGCGCGCUUGAACGCGGCAGUCACAUGCCUGCACUCUCGUCCGCACCAUCCACGCGUUCGGCUGAAUAAUUCUGAAAGUUACAGCCACGUUGAGCUUAAAUAAAAAAAUAAAAUGCGUGGGAAAACAUUAGAAAAACAUGAAGAAAUUUCGUAAUCUUGAAAUUCCAAUUUUAAAAAUGUGUAAAGCGCCGCUAUUUCUUGAUAUUUUAUUUUUAAGUAAAAAUUAAACCAAAAAUGGCAAGAUACAGUGACUGCUGGGCAUUUAUAACAAACCGCAUUUAUUUGACAACAUGGAUCUCACUAGUCAUUUAUAUAUUUUAUAAUUCGUAUAUUUAUUACCUGAGUGGUCGUCAAUUUUAUUAUUUAAGAGAAAUUUUAGGGAUAGGUCUAUGUGUAUCCCGUGGUACAGCAGCGGUUUUAAAUGUAUGCUGUGCUCUAGUCCUGGUGCCUAUGUGUAAGAAACUGAACCUGGUGCUAUAUAGAAUACUCUCGAAGCUAUGUCCUGGCAUGUUCUUCCUCUGGUUGGAGAAGAUGAAGAGCUUUCAUAUGACCGUCGCCAUCACCCUCGUUAUUUUUGCUGUAAUUCACUCUAUAUCCCACUUUGUAAACCUGUGGAACUUCUCUCGAAACUACGACGAAGUGAGACAGGAGAUAAACAUGGCCAAAUAUAAGAACGAGAGCCCGUUCCUACUCUUGAUGAGUGUACCCGGCAUAACGGGGGUGAGUAUGCUCGCGAUUGUACUGAGCAUGGGGGUGACGUCAUCCCGGUACCUGCGCCGGCGACUGUACAACGUGUUCUGGUACACCCACCAGCUCUACCUCCCUUUCCUGCUGCUGCUCAUGAUACAUCCGCUGAGCGGUGUUCUCAAAGAAGAGGUGCUAGAUAAAGAGAGUAAAGACUCAACGAUUUUAUACGAGGCUAGUAAAUCACCAAAAUUCGUCGCCAUACAUUCUAUGACUUGGCUGUGGAUGGCUGUGCCACUAACUUGCUUCUGCGUGGAUUUGCUGUGGAGGAUAUUCUCAAGAAAUCUUUGCAAUGUUAAAAUAUUAAACGUGAGUCACAUGUCAGGUCGCACCAUCAGCGUCAACAUGAGUUGCCCCGCGCAGUUCUCUUGCCGCAUCGGCCAGUAUGUGUUAGUACAGUGUACUGACAUCUCUGCUAUAGAGUGGCAUCCCUUUACUGUUGUUAGGCUACCCACACGCGACAAGAAAAAAUUUACGCUAUGGAUUAAAGUGAAGGGGGAUUGGACUGAAGCACUAGAAAAGUGUCUGUUAGAAAAAUGCGGAAAUGAACUAAGUGUACUUAUAGAUGGGCCGUACUGCAGCCCCAUGGAGGGCGUGUGUGCGAGCGAGACGGCGAUAUGCGUCGCCGCCGGCGUCGGGAUCACACCCUAUGUGGGUGUAUUGGAGCAGAUUCUCAGAUUUCCAAGAAACCGAUUGCCCGGCAGAAUCCACCUCAUAUGGAUAGUGAGACACGAAUCAGAGAUAACUUGGCUCGCAGACUUGGCUGAGAGGACUAUCGCACAAACGCGCAACGCCAACAGGCCAGAUAGGCUACAUUUGGAGUUCUACGUCACUGGAAAUACCGCCCAAGUGACGGUAGACGAGAAAGGCAACAACCACAUAGUGAGCGACGAGAGGAAGAUACUUUUGACCCCCAGUCGGGGGCGAAAAGUUGACGAGGAGGGUGGGGUGGUGAAAAAAUAUCCCCUGGUGGGAUGCAGGCUAAAACGCGGGAGGCCGCAUUGGGACCGAGUAUUUGGAUAUUGGGUGCAUUUAUAUCCUGGGCAUCAUCUGAACCUGUACUGCUGCGGACCAAAGAAACUAGUGAGGCUGUUGAGGAGUAAGAGCAAGUACAUGUCACGGACUACCACCACCAAAUUCACCUUCGUCCACGAGGCGUUCUCCUGACUGUAAUAAAUGUCUAUAAUAUU